CCAUUACAGUAUAUUAGCAUAUUAUACUAUAAACACAGGAGUCGAAAUCUUUGCAACCCCAGCUUUUCAUUCAAGAGAAUUUAUUGACUUGUCUGGAUUUAUUGAGGAAAUUUGGAAUUAUUUGUGAUGGUUUAUUUGUAGAAUUAGUAGGAUGCUGCACAAUAAGAAGAUUGUAGCUGUAGUUAUACUGAUAUGUGCUGUUUGCCUGACAACUUCACAAGAUUGUCAAGCAAGGGAUGAGGCCGCUGCUAUAGCAGAAGAUCCGACCAGAGAGUGCAGAAAAGAAUGUUUAAUAAAUGCGGAUUGUACAGGCAACAAGUCUUGCCUGUGUGAUGAUAAGUGUGGAUUGUCAUGUUAUAACCCCGAUGCUGAAUGUCCUGACUUAACCGGCACCUUGGCUAAUGGAGUCGUAUCGAUGCCAGAUGGCCGCAAAUAUGGCGCUAAGGCCAAGCAUACUUGCAAUGCUGGAUAUUACAGAGUAGGGAUAGAAAAAAGAAUUUGUAGAUCUACAAGGAAAUGGAGCCACGUUCAAACUAAUUGCACAAGAGGCUGUGAUCUACCUCCAACCGUUGAUGGCGCCUAUGCUGACACAGAUACUGACAUUCUUGGCUAUCAACCUGGGCAAACGGUCACGUACAAAUGCAACACAGGUUACGAGGGGGGAGGGAACUUUAUGAUCAAUUGUCAAACUGAUUAUGAGUGGUCGCCUGUCAAUUUUUAUUGCCAAAGAAAGAAUUGUGGAGCCCCUGAAACAAUUUCUAAUGGUGCCUACACAGGAACGAGUUUCUUAUUCGGCGAUUCUAUUACUUAUUAUUGUAACACAGGAUAUGACAUCUCGGGUACAGCGACUCGGAAAUGUAUGGCUGAUGCAAAAUGGUUACCUGAGGAAGCCCCGCCAACUUGCAAGAUACGUACUUGUCCUGCACCCAAAGCGCCUGAACACGGGACUGUGGACACAUCGACCGCACCUGACUUGGAGUAUAAUCAGAUUGUGACUUAUAAAUGCGACACAGGUUAUAAAAUGCAAGGCUCUAACACCGGAACUUGCGACGAAAAUGGAAGCUGGGGGGCUUUACCAACAUGUUUAGUCGCUAUUGAAUGUGGUUUUGAAGAAUUAGCCACUUCUACAUGUGGCUACACGGUUGUGAGUGGAACGUUUACUAGAACAUACAGAGAUGCGGACGGUACGGGCUUCCCAGGCUAUGCACUCGUUGGUAAUGGUACAAUCCGCUCCGGGGCCUUGCCUUUGGCUGGGAAUGAUGAACAAUGCAUGAGUGUCGACAUAAAAGGCGUAGACGAUGGCGAACUGGUAGCUUACGCAUAUAAUGGAGCAGAAACAGAAGCAAUUUGGCCAUUUUCUGCCUCAACCAAUUGGAAAACUGAGAAAUUUAAGUUGAAAAAAGUUAAGUCUGCGGACACUGAGGUACAACUUGAACUUGUGGCAACGGGGGAUGUGGAAUUGGACAACAUCAAGACUUUGUCCUCUUCGGACUGUGAUGGUCUAGAUACACCAUGUGCUAAACAAACUCUCGACCACGGAAAAGUUGAUCCUGAGAAAGACUUGUAUAUCAAGGAUGAGGCGGUCACUUACUUAUGCGACGAUACUUACACCUUGGAAGGGGGGUCGACAGGAACAUGCAAAGCUGACGGUUCUUGGUCUACAACACCAGUUUGCAAACCAACUCCAACCACAACUGCAUCUGAGACUCCAACUACCACCAGUGCUGUGGAACCCACUCAAACCCCUACAGCUCCGACCACCACUGCAUCUGAGACUCAAACAACCACCGGUAUGUUGGAACCCACGCAAACCUCUACAGCUCCGACCACCACUGCAUCUGAGACUCAAACUACCACCGGUAUCUCGGAACCCACGCAAACCUCUACAGCUCCGACCACCACUGCAUCUGAGACUCAAACCACCACCGGGUCUGUGGAACCCACGCAAACUUCUACAGCUUCUUCUGUCACCACCUCAUCUACAACUCCAUCCACCACUCAUUCUCCAGGAUCGACAGAAAGCCCAGCUACAGCUCCAAUCACCAACACCUCUCUAGGGACUCUUGCCACCACCUCUCUAGAGACUCCUACCACCACCACCAGUGAUAUAGAAGGACGAGUAGAGAAGCCAGGUUCUGGGACUCCAGCCACCCCUACCAGCACAUCGACUACAGAUUCUACAGGAGGAAAACCUACGUUGUCCACCCCAUCACCCCAUGUACCUUUCCCACCAUGGGCUAUAGCUAUUAUAGUUAUUGCAUUGCUUGCAAUCGGAGGGAUCGGUGGUUACUUCGGCUACAAAGCCUUUAGCAACUCGAAAGGGAAAGAUAAGGGAUACACCUCAGCGACUCCAGAAGCAGGUCGCGCUCCUUCACCACCGUCCAACAACGUAGCUCCGACUCCAACUACUACUGUAUAAAGAUACUUAAAUCUGUUAUAUCGAGGGUUUCAACCCGAAAGGGCGAAACUUGAAUAAGCUGUUUUUAAAAAAUUUGAAUGAUGAUGUAUGCUUUUUAUUUUGAACUUUUUUUGUUUAAAUACUUUGGUGAAUGCUGCUUUGGUUCAAGCUGAACUAUGAUCAGAUGCUAGCUUGAAGCAAACCAUUUGUUUUCAUUCUCAAAAGAAAUAUAUUUCAAAAUUCGAGCUUUUGCCUUUCUGUCUAAAACCCUCUAUAUGUGUAAUUUCUGAAUCAGAUGUUUAUGACAAUAACAUGAAAUGCUUUCAGUACCACCUCUUUUGGGGAUUCCCCUACUUAUUAGUCUCUAGAUUGAACAUCAGAAACAUAUUGAGAAGUUUUCAGUACCUCCUCUUUUGGGGAUUCCCCUACCUAUUGGUCUCUAGAUUGAAUAUCAGAAACAUAUUGAGAAGUUUUCAGUACCUCCUCUUUUGGGGAUUCCCCUACUUAUUGGUCUUUAGAUUGAACAUCAGAAACAAUGUAUGAAAAAUUUCAGUACCUUUGGGGAUUUUCCUACAUAUCGUCGAACCUUAGAUUGAACAUCAGAAAAUCUCUCAAAACAGCCCACCACUGUAUAACAAAUGAUCAGGACAAAUCAUUAGGACAAAAAGUUUUAAUCAUUCAAGCUUUGACAUUCAUAAUUUCUGAAUCUGGUGUAUAAGCCUAUUGAGGAGUUUGUCUCUUGCCUCAAAAGGGCCCUAAAAACUAGUCUAAAAAUCCCACUUUCAUCAAGAAAGUCUCUUUAUAAUACGGUUAAGUCUUGUCUCCGUAAAAUAUUCCAUGAAGGAAAUUUUCAAUGGGUGAAACUUUCCAGAGGGAGAAAUUUUAUAACAAGGGUUCACAGCAGACCUGGCUUUUUGCUGAAUGAUUGUACUUGAAUUUUACUUGAGACUCGUGACUUUAUUGCUACACAUUUUAUCUUUUAUCAAUGUUUAUCUGAAUAACACUAUGGCCAUGACAUUUCUUCUUAAGCUUGGAAUACAGAGGAAGAAUGCUUUUAUUGGAAUUUAGCUUAUUUCUCAUGACAAUUUUUUUGUGACAUUACAUUAGUUGCGUUUUUAAAUUUUGUUUGCUUGAAAAAUUUUGAGGCUCAAAACUGGGAUUCAUUGAUAUACUUUUGUGAAUUUUUAAAGUGUACCUUAUGAAGGUAUGUUAUCACAUUCAUACUCGAGAGAGGAAAGCUGAUAAUAUGGCUUAUCUUCUUGUGAACCAUAAGCGUCCCGUCCAUUAUAUAUUUGAUUUGAUGUAAAUAUUGCUUUUGCUAUUUCAAUCAAAGUUUCAAUUUAGAUCAGAAUUUUUUAGAAGACUCCGUUACGUUUCACUUAUCAGCAUAGCUAAGGUACAAAGCCUCAAUGACCUUGAGGGGCCACAAAGACGCAAGACUGAUUUUAUUUUCCCUUGCCAAGAAAACUUUUCAUUCUUUCCAGUUUCAUUAUUUCACAGGGUGUCUUCACUUUGUUGAGCAUGAAUUGUUUGAAAAUAAUGGGAUUUGGAAUCUACCAAUCAAAGUAAUACUAUAAAUAUCACUGGAACUGUAAACAGAGGGGGGAGGGGGCAUGAGUGCCAAAAGCCUCCAGAAGGGAGCCAUGAGCAUAAAUGGUCAGGAAUCACUGCAUUGAGCUAUAUUGAACAAUUUUAAUAUUAAACCUUACUUAUUAUAUUUUGAGACAAUUACCAUGCAUACUCAAUUAAAAAUGAAAAAGACUCAGAGCAAAGUUACGAUAUCUUGAAUGCGAAAAGCAACCGGAUCUAUAUAGAAUUAUGGUAAUGCACUAUGCACUGAAACAUAAAUAAUUAAUCGAAAGGGUAACUUUAACAUUUUACCGAAUAAUUUAUUUUUUUUGAUUACCGUGAAACACUUGCCAUCUUUUAUUUUGUUACAUAUCCCCUUAAGUUCAGUAGUAAAAUGAAAAAUUUGAAAAAUCCAUGAAAUGGAACCUAUUGGGAAUGUGGGGUACAGUGAGUAUUAAGUACAUAUUGUUUUUGUUGGGUACACUGGCAAUAAAUGAUGUUUCUUUUAGACAAGGCUUUGUGCAAUCAGCCACACUUAUUUAAGGAACUUCUCUUUUUUGAAUGCCCGAAAUCUUUCUUUCAACACUGCUACCCAAUUUAUUUCACCCUGGGUAACUAUGGGUUGUUUUCAUUGGGAUACAUGGGGCAAUAAUUGUCUUUUAUGUGACGUUUUCGCUAAGAUUUGAUUUUGUCAAUUGUUCGGUACUUAUGUAAUGUAUAAUUUUUGUGGCUCAACGAUUCCUCAAAUAUAACGCUGAUCAGAAAACAAUUUUCUCAAAAAGUUCAUUUUUUUAAAUUUUUAUUUGCUGCUUUCAUCAGCAAUUAUGCUGUCUUUUGUCAAAAUAAUUGUUUUUCACAAAGUGAAUGCAGAGCAGUGGUACCUGAUGUAUUUCCCAAGAAAUUGAAUCAAAUUCAAUUAUUUUUUGUUUUUAAGCCUUGUAUGAUGUCACUUUCUAGAUAAGAUGAUGUCAUCUUUAGUAUGACGUCACAUAUUCGUAUUUUUUUUCUAACAAACCCCUUCAGCCUAUUUAGAUCCUGGAUUCGCUUAAGUCUAAACCAGUGUUUUUCAAACUUUUUUGAUCACAACCUACUUGGCACAGCCAAAUUUAUUACACUCAAAGGAACUAAAUAAAAUAAAAAUAAAAAAAAAUUUAAUAAUACAGAAAUAAUAAAAUUUACAAUGCCUUUAAUAGGAACAACGUGCUUUCAUAAUCUUGCACAAAAGAUUGAAUUUCGGUGAUGGUGGUUCUCAGUACUGGUUCUAAAUCUUACGAAAUUUAUAUAUUUUGUUUUGACAUUAGUUAUUGGUAAAAAAGAUUUUACCGCAACCCCAUAUGAGCCCUUUCGCGAUCUACUGAGGGGGUAGGGACCCCUAUUUUGAGGUCGUGAAUCUAAACAAAUUGCCUAUAUUCCCGAAAUCAAAAAUCUCUGGAUGGGGACACUGCUCUGGAGUAAUUAUAGUUGAAUAAUUUCUGUUUUGUAUGUUUUUAUUUUUAAAAAAGUAGUGCAUGAUGAUAAUAAAUGUUUUGCCGCUUUAUGACGUCAUUUUAUGUAGUAGUUACGUCAUACCUUACGUUGUAUUUCGUGCAAAUAUGAAACACCAAGCGUGUAUAAAUAAAUGGUGUGGAUCUAAUUGUUAUGAAAAUUAAUAAACUAAAGGAUGUAA